UGAUCACAGCGGACAUUUGUCAGAAGAGUGCAAACGAACCUUCAAACAGUAGCCUUGUUUGGAAGACAUCCCCUGUGAUUGUUCUUGCGAUCGUCUCCUGUGAAAAUCGUCAUUCGUAAGCGCGAUGGAGACGUAUGAGAGCGUCCUCCUGGUAAAAUCCGAGGUGUUUGUCUUCAAAAUUCCACCAAGGUCGACCAACAGGGGUUAUCGGGCAGCCGAUUGGAACCUACAGGAACCCUCCUGGACCGGACGCAUGCGAUUGGUGUCGCAAGGCGACAGUAUCACAAUAAAGCUGGAAGAUAAGAUCACGGGUGAACUGUUUGCCAAGUGUCCUAUUGAGCAGUAUCCUGGGAUAGCGGUAGAACCAGUCACUGACUCAUCUAGAUACUUUGUUCUGAGGAUCCAAGACGACAAUGGACGGUCAGCGUUUAUAGGUGUCGGCUUCUUAGACAGGUCUGAUAGUUUUGAUCUGAAUGUUGCUCUUCAGGAUCACUUUAAGUGGUUAAAAAAUCGGGAGCAGAUAGAGAAGGAGAAGGAAAAGCCAAAACAGGAAUUGGAUCUCAGAUUUAAAGAAGGCGAAACUAUCAAGAUUAACAUGAAGAUUACCAAAAAAGAUGGCAGCGAAGUUGCUUCCAAAUCCAGACAACGUACCAAUCCAGCUGUAGGUUUACCGCCUCCUCCAGGUGGUGUCAAGAUUGCUCCACCACCGGCAAAGACUCCUACUUCCUCACCGGCGCAUAAGCCAUUACAAAGUCAAAAUCAAGAUGUUACGAGUUCAGAGUGGGGCGAGUUUGCUAGUGCUUCUCAAUCAGCAUCAGCACCUGCACCUGCAUCCACAGUGGCCAAUGCCAGUUGGGUACAAUUCUAACUUUUAAAAUAUAUGUAUAUAAUAUUAUACAUAGAUAUUUUACUUUAGUAUAUACACAUAGUGAUUUUGAAAUGGAUGGUCAAGCUUUAGAAACAUAUUCUACUUGUCUCUAGAAUUUACUGAAAGUCAAAUUUUACAGUAGUGACUAUCUUAAAUAGUCUCGAUGCUA